CUGCUUACACACUGCUAUAUAAACCUCUGGUGAAUCUUCCUCGCACCUGCAUACUCUUCUCUUCUCUUCUCUUCUCUUCACUUCAAUAUAUAUAAUAAUAUAAUAAACAAAAUGUUGUCUCUGCCUUCUCCAAUUUCUAAUCCAGUAUUUUCCGCUACCAUUCCUACGAGAAAGCUUAGGCUCGCAUCGCUGGCUCCGCGUGCGGCAGCCGCCCAAACCGCCACCAUGUAUGAUCUGCUGUCGGUGGCGGAGACGGCGGGGCCGGAGGAGAUCAAGGCGGCGUUCAAGCUGCAGGCGCGGCGGUGGCACCCGGACGCCUGCCGCAAGGCGGGGGAGGAGGGGGCCUUCGCCGAGCGCUUCAAGCAAGCGCGCGAGGCCUAUGAGGUUCUCUCCGACCCGGACCUCCGCCGUGAGUACGACCGCAUGCUGCUCUUCUCCGACGGCUGGACCACCGCCGGCAGCUCCGGAGGGGUCGUCCUCCGGCGCAACCGCGACCACCGCACCGGAUUCGGGGACUGGGAGAGCCAGUUGGAUGGGAUGUCUAGGCGGCGGGAGCCGUGGUGGGUGGCCAACGCGGCGGGGCGGAGGAGGGCCGCUGGCGGAGAGGGGGAAAGCUGGGGGAGCAGGGCGAGGAGGGCCCUCGCGGCUGCGGAGACUUCAGAAUGAUGGGCCCCUCUCCGAGGUCAGAUGUGUCUAAGAGAGGGUGUUGUGAAUUCGUAGCGAUAUUACUUAAGCAGUGACGUCAGUAAUAUAUUGAUAGAUAUUAGCACUCUAGCCAUUACAUCUAUUUUUGCAAGACUUAGUGAUGUGCUUUGUUUUGAUAAAAAUCUUUUAAGUUCUUGCAAUUCUAUUUCGGCUAAAAA